GGUGUGCAUGGAGGCUAUGGAUUUGGGAGCAGAAAUAAGGAAGGGGAGAGAUUGCUUGAGUUUGGAAUGGCAACGGACAUGGUGGUUUUCAACACAUCAUUCAGUAAGAGACAGAGUAGGCUGAUAACAUAUGAGUCAGGUGGAGAGGAGCUUCAGUGAGAUUUGUGGAAGGUAGGAGGGCAAGGUAUAAGCUUUUUUGGAUUGGUAAUAGUGAUGGAUAUGGAGGAGUUGGCAUAUUGGUUGCAGAGAAGUGGGUAGAAAAAGUAAUAGAUGUUAUGCGUGUUAAUAGUCGUAUUAUAGUGAUAAAGUUUUUGAUAGGUAAUAUGAUUGUCACUUUUCUGUCAGUUUAUGCUCCACAGUGUGGACUCAGUGAGGAAGAUAAAGAUAAGUUUUAUGAUGAGUUAAUAGCAAGUCACAUCAAAGUUUGGAGACACUGAACUUGUCAUGGUGGGCGGCGACUUUAUUGGUCAUGUUGGGAAGUCAUCUGAAGGUUAUAGAGGUGUGCAUGGAGGCUAUUGAUUUGGAAGCAGAAAUAAGGAAGGGGAGAGAUUGCUUGAGUUUGGAAUGGCAACGGACAUGGUGGUUGUAAGACACAGAUAGAUUACUUCCUGGUUAGAAAGUCAGACAAGAAAGUGGUGAAGGACGUGAAAGUUAUAUCGGGGGAAGAGUGUGUUUCCCAGCAUAGGUUGCUGGUUUGUGAUAUUAUCUUGAAGAGUGUUAAUGAAGCCAAGGGAAAGUACAGGCCUCGUCGAAAAGUCUGGAAGCUGAAAGAAGAGAUUGUAGCAAGACAAUUUAGUGCAAAAGUUCAGCAGUUAGGCCACAAUGGUCAAUGUGAUAGUGACAAUGUUGAAAGUACUUGGACUACUUUAAAGAAUUGUCUUCUAGAAGCUUCUGAUGAUACCUGUGGAUGGACGAAAGGACCAGUAAGACAUAGACAGACCUGGUGAUGGAAUAAUGAGGUUGACCAGUGUAUAAAGGAAAAGAGGAAACUUUGGAAAGAGUUGAAGUCAGGUGGUAGUAAAAAUAUUUACUUAGAAGCUAAGCGUCGUGCUCGUACAGCAGUGUAUAAGGCAAAAUCAGAAGCAGAGAGAAACAGAUUUGCAGAUGUGUUAAGAAGGGAAGACCAGCACAAUGAGGUAUUCAAGAUAGCAAAUGAAGAAAACUAAUCAAGAUGUUGUAGGUGAGAAGUGUAUACGUAAUGAUGAAGGUGUUUUGGCUAGCACAGAGGAGAAAAGGGUAGCUUGGAAGAAUCAUUAUCAGAGGUUGCUUAACACUGAGUUUGAUUGGGACGAGGAUAAUUUGUCUAAAGAUGAUGUUGUAGAAGGGCCAUCUAUGCAGAUUAAGACAGAAUGGGUAGUGGAGGCUAUUAGGAAAUUGAAGAUUGGCAAGGCUGCAGGAGUAUCUGGUAUUGUUGCAGAGAUGGUAAAAGCAUCUGGAUAUAUUGGAGUUGAGCUUAUUACAAGUCUUGCUAACCAGAUUAUAAAGGAUGGUGCUAUUCCAAGUGAGUGGCAGUCGAGUGUAAUAGUGAAUUGUUUCAAGGGGAAGGGUGAUGCAUUAGAAAGGGGUAACUAUAGAGGUUUGAAGUUGGUUGAUCAAGUAAUGAAAGUUAUUGAAAGAGUGAUUGAUAAGUUACUUAGAGAAAGAAUUGAUAUAGAUAAGAUGCAAUUUGAUUUUGUUCCAGGGCGUGGCACUACAGAUGCAAUAUUUUUUACUCAGACAGCUUCAGGAAAAGUUUUUAGGAAAGAGAAAGAAUCUCUAUUUUGCCUUUGUAGAUUUAGAGAAAGCUUUUGAUAGAGUGCCACGUAAAGUUAUUUGGUGGGUAUGAGAAAAUUAGGUGUGGAUGAGUGGCUAGUUACGAUGGUACAGUCUAUGUACAGCAAUGCUAGAAGUUGUGUCAGGAUUAACGAUUCACUUAGUGAUGAAUUUAGUGUAAAUGUUGGUGUACAUCAGGGUUCUGUACUUAGUCCUUUGUUGUUUGUUCUAGUCUUAGAAGCGCUGUCGAUGGAGUUCAGAACAGGUUGUCCAUGGGAGUUAUUGUAUGCAGAUGAUUUGUUUCUCAUAGCAGAGUCGAUGGAAGAAUUAGUUGAAAAGUUUGAGAAGUGGAAGAAAGGACUAGAA